AUGGCGACCUCCUUCAUCGUCAUAUCGACCGACUUGCGCCGCGCCAAUGUCAAGGCCCCGGCCGGCGGGUACAUGAUGGACGUGCUCGAGGAAGCUUGCACAAAGCUCAAGCUCCAUGCCGAGAACUACUUGUUAAAGCAUAACAAUAAGCCGAUCAACCUGACAGACCCUAUCCGCGCGGUCGGCCUUACUCAGGGCGCCAAGCUCGAGCUGGUGGUCAAGUCCAAGACGCCAACGGCCGUUACCGUCGCUCUCCGCCUGCCGCCGUCGGAAGCGGCCCUCGGCUUCCCCUACAACCGUGUGUCAGCCAAGGUGCGAAGCGACACGCCACUGUGGAAGCUUCUGCGGCACCUGGAGGAGGCUGAUGGUGCGAAGCAAAAGGGGCUGAACAUCACAGCGCGGGGCGUGCCGCGGACAAGUCACACGGGGUCCGCGACAACGGGGUCGACCACGGCGGCGGUGGUCGGCAGCGGCUCGGGGCAGCUCUACUGGGAGACGCCGGUGCUCAAGUUUUGCGGCCGUGUGCUGUCCUCACUUGCCGACUUCCGCAAGACGCUGUCACAGGUUGGCAUCGACACGGGCAGCCAGUUGAUUGUGCUCGAGUUCCGAACCUCGGAUAUGACGCUGCAAGAGGCCAUGGAGGCGGUGCAAACCCAACUGGAGAAGACAGACGUAGACGUCGCUAUCGGCCAGGCGGUUGUGGCUGCGCCUGCUCCCGCACAAGCUCCGGCCGCACCAGAACUGGCGCCGACAAGUAGUGCUGCAGAAAAAGCAGCACCAGCGGAGAGUUCACCAGAAACCGAGGCGCCGGAGGCACCGCCAGCUCCAGGGCCAGCGCCGGCAGCUGCAGAGCCCAUGGACGUGGACAGCGCAUCUCAGCUAGUGUCGCAUCUGCAACCGGUCCAGGUCUGGUCACCACCCAAGGCCACGGCUGGCAUGCCUGCGGCAGCGUCACUGCGCUGGGCCAAAGAGCCCGAGUCGGUCUUUGCACCGUCCAUAGCACAAAUGAAGGCGCAUCAGAAGCAGCUUGAAGAGGCCGGGCGGAACAAGCGGCUCAAGUCGGACGAGGAGCUCGAGGAGGAGGCGCGUGAGCGUGAGGCCAAAGCGGCGGCCGUGGACCGUGUUGACGUCCGCAUCCGUUUCCCGGACGGCCACACAGUCAUGUGGUCGUUUGCCAACGGUGCGACGGGCGCCACCCUUCACGCCGCCGUCCGUGGUGUGCUUCACCCGGCCGUCAAAGACGAUGCGUUUCUGCUGUCACCGCCCAUGUCACGAGACGUGAUUCUCGACCGUUCCGGCAGCGCCAAAGACGACCUGGUCCGCGGUUAUGGCAUGCGGGGCGGUAUUGUAGUCAAUUUCCGGCGCGGAGCGGAUGUUCCCGCACCGCCAGCCGGCCAGCCGUAUGUACGGCCGGAAGUGGCGGCGCUGGCACGGGACAUUGUGAUCCCGCCUACGGCAACCGACGAGGACGAGAACGAGGACGAGGAAGCCAAGCCGUCAUCAUCAAAGGCAGGCGGCGACACUAAGCGGCCCGACAAGAACGAGGCCGUCAACAAGAUGUCCAAGUUCCUGCGGCUAGCAAAGAAGUAG